CUUGGGCGUGGCUUGGCGCAGCCGUGUCGCAGUUGCCGCAUUUGCCGCAUUUGCUGCAGGCGCGAGGUUGGGUGCAGGCGGCUGUCUCACUGAGCCUCGAGGCAUCGACGGACAGACGGACGGACGGACGGACUGACGAUGCCGCGCUCCCACAGGUCUCACUCUACCGCGCGGCGCGCUGCCGCAGCUGCCACCACCACCACCGCUGCCACUGCCACCGCCACAGAGCCCCCGUCUGAGGGCCCUCUGGCUAUGACUUUCAAGAUUUUUCUCCUUUUUGCAGGACUUACUGUUAAAGUUCCUGUGGGGUUAUAUUUUACCUGUAAAUUACUUCUUUUCCAGACUCUGUUGAUGAUGUCCCCUGAUGACAGCGGCUUUUACGCGACCAUUGUCUCAGUGGUCGGGCUGCAUGUGGUGCUGGCAAUUUUUGUCUUCAUAGUGUGGAAGGAGGGCUUGCCCCAGUGGCGGGAAGAGAAAGACGAAUAGAGCAGCUUCUUCUAAAGAGCUGCAAACGGGGUGGGGGGUAUACCCAAAGGGUUUUUCGUUUUCUUUCUUGUUUGUAUUGAACGUGCUUUUUGUUGUUGUUGUUGUUGUUG